AGGGGAAUUCAAUAUCGACUACAAAGUACAACUUCUUCACUUUUCUGCCAAAAGGAUUGUUUGAACAGUUCAGGCGGGUUGCUAAUCUCUACUUUCUUGCAAUCUCAAUUUUGUCAACCACACCAAUCAGUUUUAUUACUACAUGGCUGCUCAGUAUUCUAGUUGGCAAAUUAUUAAUUCAGCUACAGUUCUACAAAGCAAAAUGAUCUUUAUGAAGCCUUCUUUCACGUCAAGUUGAACUUAACGACUUUUUUGCAUUUUAUUUAUUCUGACUGUAUCUUGCACAUUGAGUUUAUAAUUAUCUGUCCUUUAUAUCAUUCAUUUUGUUACUGCAUUUUUUGUUAUCUUGGACUUGCUUUAUGCUUUGCAAUUGUCUACUUGUUUUGAUUUAAUUGUUGUGAAGGUGUCAAUGUGUACUUGAUCUGCUUGUGCUGUUCAUAUGUAUUUUUUCAGUAAAUUUGUAAUUUGUAACUUUACAUGAGUCAGAAUAAGUCUAAUUAUUGUAUAAAAGUUGAAUAAACCUAAUUAGUAAUUACAUAUUUUCUGAUGUUGUAGCCCCCUCUCUCCAAUAACUAAUGUGAUUCCUCUGUCUCUGGUGCUUCUCCUCUCUCUCAUAAAGGAAGCUUUUGAGGACUGGAAGCGUUUUCAAAAUGACAUGUCUGUAAACAAUAAUACAAUACAUGUUUUGCAAGAUCAAAAGUGGGUGUCUAUACCCUGGAAAAAGUUGCAAGUUGGUGAUGUUGUCAAGGUUGAGCAAGAUGGAUUCUUCCCUGCAGAUCUGCUUUUCCUGGCUAGUACGAAUGUAGAUGGUGUCUGCUACAUUGAGACUGCUAAUUUGGAUGGUGAAACCAAUUUGAAGAUUAGGAAAGCAUUGGAGAAGACUUGGGAUUACCUGACUCCAGAGAAGGCAUCUGAAUUUAAAGGUGAAAUUCAGUGCGAACAACCAAACAAUUCAUUGUAUACCUUCACUGGAAAUCUUUCAAUUCAAAACCAAAUACUUCCUGUCAGUCCAAACCAACUUCUGUUGCGAGGAUGCAGUCUCAGGAAUACAGAGUAUGUUGUUGGGGUUGUUAUUUUUACAGGACAUGAAACAAAGGUGAUGAUGAAUGCUAUGAAUGUUCCUUCCAAAAGAAGUACACUGGAGAGGAAGCUUGACAAGCUCAUACUUGCUCUAUUUGUGACUCUCUUUAUGAUGUGUUUCAUUGGAGCUGUUGGCAGUGCUAUCUUUGUAAACAAGAAGUAUUUCUAUUUACAUCUUGAAUCAUCAGAGGAGGGCUCAGAACAGUUCAACCCAAGAAACAGAUUUAUUGUUUUCCUUCUCACUAUGUUUACCCUAAUCACUUUGUAUUCCACAAUCAUCCCCAUUUCACUUUAUGUAUCAGUAGAGAUGAUUAAAUUUAUUCAGUCCACUCAGUUUAUCAACAAGGACUUGCACAUGUACCAUUAUGAGACUAAUACCCCAGCGUUGGCCAGAACUUCAAAUCUGAAUGAAGAACUUGGGCAGGUGGAAUACAUCUUCUCAGACAAAACUGGCACUCUGACAAGAAACUUAAUGGAGUUCUUUAAGUGUUCAAUUGGAGGAGAAGUUUAUGGAAAGGGAUUGACUGAAAUUGAGAAGGGAAUAACAGAGCGUAGUGGCUUAAAGUUUGAGGAAAAUAUAUCACUCAAUGCAUUGCGAGAGAGGGGCUUUAAUUUUGAUGAUGCUAGGCUUAUGAGAGGAGCUUGGAGGAAUGAGCCGAAUCCUGAUAGCUGCAAGGAAUUCUUCAGAUGUCUUGCUAUAUGCCAUACUGUGCUUCCUGAGGGCGAAGAGACCCCUGAGAAGAUCAAAUAUCAAGCUGCAUCACCUGAUGAGGCUGCUUUGGUUAUUGCUGCGAAGAACUUUGGUUUUUUCUUUUUCAGACGCACUCCUACAAUGAUAUAUAUUCGUGAAUCUCAUGUUGAGAAGAUGGGUAAAAUUCAAGAUGUAUCAUAUGAGAUUUUGAAUGUGCUUGAGUUUAACAGUACAAGGAAGCGCCAGUCUGUUGUGUGUCGUUAUCCAGAUGGGAGGCUUGUAUUGUACUGCAAGGGUGCUGAUAAUGUAAUAUAUGAGAGGUUAGCUGAUGGCUAUAAUGAUAUAAAAAAAGUGACUAGGGAACACUUGGAGCAAUUUGGGUCUGCUGGUCUCCGGACAUUAUGCCUGGCCUACAAAGAAUUACAUCCUGAUGUUUAUGAAAGCUGGAAUGGGAAGUUCGUCCAAGCCAAAUCUUCUCUACAUGAUCGUGAAAAAAAGUUAGAUGAGGUGGCAGAACUUAUAGAAAAUGAUCUUGUUUUGAUUGGUAGCACUGCCAUAGAAGAUAAGCUUCAAGAGGGAGUACCAGCCUGCAUAGAGACUCUUCAAAGAGCCGGCAUUAAAAUUUGGGUGCUUACAGGGGACAAGGUUGAAACAGCAGUUAAUAUUGCCUAUGCAUGCAAUUUAAUAAACAAUGAGAUGAAGCAAUUUAUUAUCAGUUCAGAAACUGACGUGAUUAGAGAAGUUGAAGACAGGGGGGACCAAGUAGAAAUUGCACGAUUUAUUAAAGAAGAAGUGAAGAAAGAACUGAAGAAAUGCCUCGAAGAAGCACAGAGCUAUUUUAUCUCUCUAUCUGGACCAAAAUUAGCACUUGUAAUUGAUGGAAAAUGUCUCAUGUAUGCAUUGGAUCCUAGUUUGAGAGUCAUGCUACUGAAUUUGAGCAUGAACUGCCAUGCUGUUGUUUGCUGCCGAGUCUCUCCUUUACAGAAAGCACAGGUCACAAGUUUGGUUAAAAAGGGGGCACAGAAAAUAACACUUAGCAUUGGUGAUGGAGCCAAUGAUGUUAGCAUGAUUCAAGCUGCUCAUGUUGGUAUUGGCAUAAGUGGGUUGGAAGGGAUGCAAGCUGUGAUGGCUAGUGAUUUUGCCAUUGCACAGUUUCGUUAUCUUGCGGAUCUACUUCUGGUUCAUGGUCGGUGGUCAUAUCUUCGAAUAUGCAAGGUUGUGACAUACUUCUUUUACAAGAACCUCACAUUCACUCUUACUCAGUUUUGGUUUACCUUUCAAACUGGGUUUUCUGGCCAAAGAUUCUAUGAUGAUUGGUUUCAGUCAUUAUAUAAUGUUAUCUUCACUGCACUUCCUGUCAUCAUCGUUGGACUAUUUGAUAAGGAUGUCAGUGCAUAUCUAUCCAAGAAGUAUCCUGAAUUAUACAGGGAGGGAAUAAGAAAUGUCUUUUUCAAAUGGAGAGUUGUGGCUAUAUGGGCCUUUUUUUCGGUCUACCAGUCACUUAUAUUCUUCUAUUUUGUGAGUUCUUCAAGUUUAAGUGCUAAAAAUUCAGCAGGAAAGAUAUUUGGACUCUGGGAUGUCAGUACAAUGGCCUUCACAUGUGUUGUAGUAACCGUUAACUUGCGACUUCUUAUGAUUUGUAAUUCAAUCACAAGAUGGCACUAUCUUAGUGUUGGUGGAAGUAUAAUAGCAUGGUUUAUUUUUGUCUUUAUAUAUUCUGGGAUCAGCACUCCUUAUGAUCGACAGGAGAAUCUGUAUUUCGUCAUAUAUGUCCUGAUGAGUACAUUAUAUUUCUACCUCACAUUAGUUCUCGUUCCUAUUGUGGCACUUUUUGGUGACUUUGUAUACCAAGGGGUUCAGAGAUGGUUCUUCCCCUACGACUAUCAAGUUAUUCAAGAAAUGCAUAAUGAGAUUGAUGACACCAGCAGGACACAACUUCUAGAGAUAGGAAACCAGCUUACUCCAGCUGAGGCUAGGAGCCAUGCCAUAUCUCAACUCCCACGUGAGAUAUCAAAGCACACCGGGUUUGCUUUUGAUUCACCUGGUUAUGAGUCAUUUUUUGCUGCACAGCUUGGUGUAUAUGCUCCACAAAAGGCAUGGGAUGUUGCAAGGCGAGCUAGCAUGAGAUCCCGGCCAAAGAAUGGACAGAAAAAGUAAUUUUGUACAAACCAAAGAUAAAGUAAUGUGGAGUAGGAUGAUUGUACAUUUACUUAAGCUUUGGUUUUUCUUUUGAGAGCCAGCCCUAGGAGAUUUGUAAAAUUAGCAUGUGGCAUAUUAACUAUUGGUAUUUGGUAGUUUUCAUUUAGGUAUAUCUUGUCAUUCUUCCCUCUUUGUCAAUUGUUUCUUUUUAGGGAAGUGCGCAGGUUUUCCAGGAUUGUUGCAGAUGUAUAUUCCACAAUUUUUAGUGACUAUCAGAAUCAGAUUGAAGUCAAUCCACGAAGAGUUGAAUGUUCAGAAAACUUUUCAUUUUGUAGUGGUCACACAACAAUAUCGUGCCUGGUGCAGUGAUGGGAAGUUUGUUAAAUAGCUAAUAAGCCAGGGCGUGUCAUCGCUGGAUAGUUAAAAGCAUUCUUUAACGAUGUAAUUGGUUGAUGACAUGAUAAUUCUUGCCAAGACGUUCCAAAAUUAUUUUUUGUCCAACAAAGGGAAACUAGAUAAUCUCAACACGAGAAUGACAUUCAUUUCAAGUAGUCAAAAGAUGUCACGUAGAAGAUAACGGCAUGUUACUCGUUUUUCUAUCUGGCAAUUCAGCUGAAGAACUUUAUUCACACACAUGGGUCAUCUGAAACAAAGUUGAAGAACUUGGCUAAUUUUUGUGAAACAGAGUAUUGACUUUCAUCUAGUGAUCCUUCGUCUCCCUCAUAGUCAUCAUCGUCUUCAAAAACCAAUUGAAUUCUACAGUUCUUCAGCUCCAGCCCCUCAAUAAAAGGUAUAUUAUUGAAAGAGAGAACACCAAAACAAAUAACACUUUUAAGCUCACGGUUUCUUCGCUUGGAAAAGACAACUGGUUCUGCUGUAAACCAAUCCGGGACUCUGCUUCCAGGCAUAAUCAAAAUCUCUAAUUUUUUAAGUAGAACCUGGGACAAAAUCUACGUCAUGUGAUAUAUAGCGAACAUUAUAAGCGAAUAUGGUUGGUUAUUACGAGAAAUGAGAAUAAAUGAAUGUUGAAUAUUA